AAAUCGGUUUAGUCUAGUUCUACUGAUGGUGCAAAACGUACCUGAAGGGAAGGCCGACACUACUGACUAUCUUUCAGCAUCGACUCGAACUGAAUUUGUUUUUUAGCUCCUUUUCAGAGCACAUCUGCACCAUUUAAAAGAGAAGAAAUCGAGCUUUUCGAGUUAGUACUCUUCGCUGCGCGACCUAGCUACGGUAUUGCAAAAGAGCUGAUACAGACAUAAUCGAGAACAAUGAAAUUUGUUAUCUACAAUACGAAGAACGCGUUGAUUUAUUUGCUAAUAUUUAGUAUCGUACAGGCUAAAAGUGAGAGCAUCAACAACAUAGAACGCAAAAUCGAAAAACAUACAGAAAGGUUCUACGACAAAGCGGGUCUUUGUAGCGAGGCUGGUUAUAAACGUAACGAAACGGACGCUACUCAAUUCUACAGGUGCGUCGAUUAUUCCGGAAAUGGGAAAAACUUUGUAGUGUUUAAAUUUGCAUGUCCACCUGCACUUGAAUUCGAUGAGAAACUCUUGAUUUGCGUUUUGCCAAAAGAAGCAUCCAUUCCUACCGCACUAACCUUCAUCUCAAAUGUUCAAAAUUCUUUUUCAACUGAGCUCCCUUCCUCUCCAGCUGACCCUGAAGCUGAUAGUUUGACACUCCUUCCUCCACCCACAUCCACCAGCGCUGUUGGCGGAGCUAACACUCUCCUGGAGUCGACAUCCAUCAAACCUCUGGCGAUAUCUUUUGUACCCUUAACUGAUUCUUUGCAACCUGUCACAUUAGAAACGAGCUCCCAAAAUUCACAUGAUCAAGUGCUUGAAGCUGUUGAAAAAGUGGUGGAAACGGCCGACCUCGUAAAGCCGACAAUGGAGAUGGAUUGCAGUUCAAAAAAAUUCUACCGACUUCCCAAUUCCGAUUGCAACCGUUUUUAUCAGUGUUACCUGCAAUCUGUUAGUAUUUUUUCCUGUGCUCCAGGGUUGGUGUUUAAUGAGGCUACGUCAAGGUGUUCACUCCCAGAGGAGUCCAGCUGUGAGCAACACGUAUCAAAUCCUAUUGCUGAUGAAUUGCCCGAUUACUUCCAAAUGGAUUGUUCGUCGGGUGUUCUACGCCGAUACCCGUUUGAUUGCCGAAAUUUCUACCAGUGUUACGGUAACGGUAUUGCAAAAUCCUUGUCCUUUUAUUCUUGCUCAGCUGGAUUCAUUUUCGACGAAGAAUCAAACAACUGCCUACGUCCUUACGAAACGUCUCCCUGCUUUGCAAAUAGCGACCCUUUCAAAUCCUCUCCACUUGACUAACAUCUUUAAAGAAUUCUCCUAUCACUACCAAACGCGUUUACCCAAUAGUCUUAACCAACAAAAAAGUCAAACAAAGGCAGACAAUAUUCAAAAAGUUGCCAAUCUUAUCCGUAAAACCAAUGUAAAGGCAAAAAUGCUUACCACUACUCCAAACGUGUCGACACUGCCGUAGGGCAAGGGUGCAAUGAUGUCUUAUUAGGGUAGGUUUAUUUUAUACUAAAUAAACUUUGGGAUUAUUCUUCACCA